AAUACACAUAACAGCUGAUUACAGUAUAUCAACAAUGAUCAACAGUCCGCAGCGAAAUAGGUUACACUUCUGGUCAGUCUUGAUAACUUGAUUUGGAUCUUCCAAUGUACAAUGGGUAACAGUCAUUUCAGGGAAGAGUUUGGUCUUACAACAGGAUCUACAGCGCUAGAAUGGAAAGAUAUAUGGAAGUUCUCAUUUUUAUGGUAUAUGUUGUCGUCAUUUGUGGUACAUUCUGUUGCAGCAGCUAUUGCAUUCUUUGCGUUACGUAAACAUCGCUAUGCUAGAUUUCUGCCAAUACUGAUAUUAAUUGUUGGUUUUCUUGGACCAAUCACAGCUGGUGUUAUUAGCAGUGCUUUGUUCGCAUUCAUAAUCCAAGCCUUACAACUGUCUUUGGACGCUCACUUUGCAGUCAUCUUUGGUUGUGGGCAAACCCUCAUCACAAUAAUUGUUUCUUUUUCAAGAAUCUUGGCCACAUUAUAAUGACGUUGAUCAUCAAGUAGAUGACUGACUUUUCACUGUAUAAAACUUAUGCACAAGUAAACAUCAUUUAUGAUAUGGGUAUUCAAACCAUAGGUUGUAACCCAAAAUAUGGUCACCAUUAUAUUUUGCAGGGUCACUCAAUAUCUAUGGAAAAACCAUAAUGUACAGUGAAGCUGGAAUAAGUCUGGUAGCGUCCACGGGCCACAUGUGGCCUGACAGCAAUUUUUUAUUUAAAUUUAAUUUUAAAACUGUAUGUAUGGCGGCCUGCCUAAUAUGGCCCGGUCUAUCAACUGUAAAUAGUAAUACCGUAUUAAAACUGCAUAAAGUGUUGUUAUAGAAUCAAUGCACUGCUUGAAGGGUUUUAUAAGCACAUAGGAAUUGUCAAAUUAUCAUUAUAAAUUUUCCGAAGUUUGCGAGCGGCCCUCAAUGUGUAAUAAUUUGGCCUUGUCACACAUUUUUAUACCCACCCCUGGUGUUUGUCACACAGACCACCUCUGACUUACACACAACUUUGCUCUCAAAUUUUCUGCAAUUUCCCUUAUUUCCACACCUCGGAGCAGGAACCUGUAGAUGUAGAAAACCUCUGCUUAACCUUAAUGGUUUUUAGCAUUGACUUUUGAAAAAUAUUUACACAAUAUUGACAAUUUCCACAAUAAUAAUAUUUAAUACAAAUAACAAUGAUUAUGGUAAAUAUGAACAGUAGGCCUAAUUAUGAUUUUAGUAAUAAAACCCUUACAAAGGGUCUUUACAUUGUUUUAGAUUUUAAUUGUGCAGUAUCUUAAUAAUUUUAUGUCUAUUUGUUUAUUUUUACUUUUUCUUUAAUCUUCCAUAUAGUUUUACCCUUCUAUUUAUGCAUGUUAUAUCAGUGUUAAUUAAAAGGUCCCUGAUACUAAUAAACUUGCCUUUACUUUUGAUCAAUCUGUUGAGUAUUAAUGACACUUAAAACUUUUUAAGUGCUUUUAUUUCAAUCUUGUUUAUGGUCAUUCUAUUCCAAAGAUUUUUAUUGACAAAAUUAUAUAUCCAGGCUAAUUGCCCUUUUACAAAUAUACUGGUUUUGCCGUAAUGUUUUUUUUAAAAUUUAUUUUCUUUCUACCUCUUUACUGGGUCCUAGCGAGACAAGUACCUACUUCUAGCUAGGACCCAAUGAUAAUAAUGUUUUUUUCCCGUUUUUUGUCAUUUUUUUUUCUGUACUGUUAUAAUUGUAUCUGUUGCCUUAUUAUCGAAAUAAAUGUUACCUGAAAUUAAAUGAAAAUGUUUAGCAAUGAAAUAUAGAUAUAUGUGGAAGUUUUAGUUGGAGAGCAUAUGAUAAUGAAAUAUAAGAUAUAUGUGGUAGUUUUAGUUGGAGAGCAUAUAAUAAAACAAGAUGACAACCACGAA